AUGGCUAACCCAGUCAAUGCACCCAAAAGAGUAGAACACACAUUGGACGAUCCAAACAACGUCGAUACGAUGAAGGAACGUGUUGGGAGUAACCCUGCGGAAAUGCGAAAGAACUCUCCAAAAUUCUCAAAUGGGAUGGAUGACACGAAUACGGUUGACUAUGCACUGGCCACUAGCAAGGUGGUCAACCGAUGCGGAGACCAAGCUCUUGUGAGUGCUCGCAGCAACGCUUCGUCUGUGGAAUUUGAUAUUGCGGAACAAUUAAAGCAGCUUAACGUGAACACAUCGCCCACGUUGUCCAAUGCCUCGGGCACCGUGUCUAUACCCGCAGGUUCCGAGACGGGUUCAGCGGCAUACGUGGUGGUAUCGCGUGAGAUCAAUAGGCAUGUACACGUGAAGCCAGUGGAGAGCAACAUGAUGAUCCGCAGGGGGUACAGCGAUGACGUACAUAACAUGAUGAAGAAGGUCGGACACCGACUCGUCAAGACGCAGAGCCACAGCAGUGCAAGAGGUGUCAGCAGCACUACAGAUUAUGGUCAUGUUUAUCUUAACAUAUACGAUUUGGAGGCGGUGAACAGGGUGGUAAACGUCGUCGCUGGUACCUUCGGGGCGGGGGCAUACCAUGCUGGCGUGGAAAUCUAUGGUAACGAAUACAACUUCGGAUACACACCUCAAGGUGGAUCCGGCAUCGUUCAAUCGCACCCUAGAUUCCAUGCGUCACACAAAUAUCGCAAGAGCAUUGACCUCGGCAGGACUAGGUACUCACCCAGGGAGGUGAUAGAAAUCAUCGAGAUGAUGAAGCCCUUGUGGUUAGGGAGCUCUUACGAUAUUUUAAAAAAGAAUUGUCUAAAUUUUGCUGAUGCGUUUUGCAAGAGGCUUGGUGUCGGGGGGAUUCCGACCUGGGUAAUGGGACUGCAAAACAAAAUCAACUGGACUCGGGACAGUCUUCAAAGUGGUGCUGCUAAGAUCAAGCAAAUUGACGAGGCAGUCGGCAUAAGCCGGGCCUUCGGGUCAUUAUCUCGAAAACUUACCGGUUGUGUUACAUGGCUCUGUUUGGCUGUGGGUUCUACCAUGGCAGACGCGGUUCAAGCUCUCCUGAACGAGUGCUGCUACUACAAGCUGCUGGGUUUGGAAUUCGACGCCACUAGCGAAGAUAUCCGGCGGAGGUAUCGCGAAAGAGCGCUCUCUUUCCAUCCGGACAAAAGACCGCCGGAGGAAAGGGAAGAUUGCAAAACUCUAUUUCAGAAGAUCCAGCAAGCUUACGAGUGUCUCUCUAAUGAGGAGACCGAGUUUGACAUAUGGUUCUACUUUGGUCCAUGUUACAAUGGCUUCGAUGAGUCGAAACCUAACAACUUUUUUGAAGUUUAUUGCAAAUGCUUCUCUCAAAUCGCCGAAUUAGAGAAAGAAGAGUUACAAUACGAACCUUCGAAGGAAUUGGAUGAAUUUCCUGGAUUUGGCACAUCUCAGAGCACAGCUAAAGAGGUUAACGAGUUCUAUAUGUUUUGGCAGAACUUCGUAACUAUACGUACAUUUCUGUGCGAGAAUGCCUGGGAUAUUGAGGGUAGGAUGCACCGGCGGUUCCUCGAACGCAGAGCCAAGAAGGAGAACAGCAAGAUCAGGAAAGAGUUUAACGACAACGUUAGAAAUCUUACUAACAUGGUGAAAAACCUCGAUCCUAGAAUGGCGCGUUUCAAGGAAGAGCAAAUGGAGCUAAAGGUGCAGAAGGAGUUGGACAAAAUCAAAGUGCAACAGAGACUCGAGGAAAUGAAAGAUAUUGUAAAGGCCGAAAUAGCUAACAACAUGAAGGAACAGAUUGAUGAGAUUGAGCAGCAAAGAGAGCUGCUACAGCAACGGGAUGGCAGCCGUGUAUUCGCAUCACAUUACGAAGAGGAGAAGCCCCAACCGGAGAAGAAAUAUGUCACGUGUGAGGUCUGCAACAAAGUUUUCGGGUCUCAAAACCAGCUCAUGAAUCACACCAGAUCGAAGCAACAUAUCAAGAACAUCAAAGGUAAAUAA